AUGAAUGUUUCUCAUGAUUACGCAUUAUGCGUUUUAUUUGGUCUGGAAUUUACAGAUAAUAAUGUCAUAACAGCAAGAAGUAAAUUAGAAAACUAUGGUGACCUGGAAGUCUGUUAUGAUUUAUCAGAAAGAAAUCCCAUACUGGUUCCAAAGGAAAGAAUUAACUAUAAUCCCUUCACCUACAAAAAGUAUCUUUCACCAGCUCGACCAAAAACCAAUGAAGCUGAGAGCAAUAUACUGUUAAGUAAGUACAUUAAAAACAUGUU